AUGGACGCCUACGAGGCCACCAAGGUGGUGUUCUCCCGGAUCCAAGCGCUAGACCCGGACCACGCCGCCAAGAUCAUGGGCCUCCUCCUCAUCCAGGACCACGGCGAGAAGGAGAUGAUCCGCCUCGCCUUCGGCCCCGAGUCUCUGCUCCACGCUGUCAUGGCCAAGGCGCGCAAGGACCUCGGCCUGCUCCUCUCGGCCUCGCCGACCUCCGUCGCGGCCGCCGGGCACGCGCCGUUCCUGCAGCUCCCACACCAGAACUCCGGGCGCGCCGGCGCGCCGUCGCCGCUCUCUGUGUCCUCGCCGUCGUCAUGGGGGCACGCGCCGGUGUUCUCCAGGAGCAACAACACGAGUAAUGGCACCGCGGAGGAGGCAGCGGGGGGUGGGGAGGAGCUGCCCAGUCCCGUGAACGGCGGCGCGGCGCCCUUCUUUCCUCAUCAGGCCGGGGACGCGCUCCUGGACGACUUGCAGCUGCAGGAGCAGCUUGCGUUCCUCAACGAGGGCGGCGCGAACCCGGCCCACCAGCUCCCGGGGUUUGACGGCGGGGAGUGCCGGAGCCCCGGCCCGGGUGAUGCCGGUGGGAUGUUCGCGUUCGGCCUCGGGUGGCCCAACGGCGGCCCUGCGCACCGCCGGAGCUCGUCAGUCAACGAGCUCUGCCUUGGCAGCGGCGGCGGCGAUGGUUUCGGGUGGAAGCCCUGCCUCUACUACGCUCGCGGGUUCUGCAAGAACGGCGGCAGCUGCAGGUUCGUCCACGGCGGUCUCCCCGACGACGCUGCUGCGCUCGCUGGCGCCAAGAUGGAGGCAGCCGCCGAUCAGCAGCAGCAGUGCCAGGACUUCCUCAUCCGCUCCAAGGGCCAGCGCCUCGGCCCCGCCGCCUUCCCCUACUCCCCCACCGGCUCCCUCCCAGGCUCGCCCUCCGCCGCUAGCAAGUGCCUCAGCUUCCUGCUGCAGCAACAGCAACAGCAGCACGACAGAGCCGCGGCGGCCGCGUCUCUGAUGCUGGGCGGCGGCGACGAGGCGCACAGGUUCAUGGGCCGGCAGCGCCUGGACCGCGCCGACUUCGCGAACAUGAUGAACCCCGGCUCGCGCCAGAUUUAUCUGACCUUCCCGGCCGACAGCACAUUCCGCGAGGAGGACGUCUCGAACUAUUUCAGCAUCUAUGGUCCAGUUCACGACGUGCGCAUUCCCUACCAGCAGAAGCGCAUGUUCGGGUUCGUCACCUUCGUGUACCCAGAGACGGUGAAGCUCAUCCUGGCCAAGGGCAACCCGCACUUCAUUUGCGACGCACGCGUGCUCGUCAAGCCCUAUAAGGAGAAGGGCAAGGUCCCCGACAAGUACAGGAAGCAGCAGCAAGGGGACUUCUCCGGCUGCACGACGCCCACUGGCGGGCUGGACGCCCGGGACCCCUUUGAUCUGCACCAACUCGGUGCGAGGAUGCUGCAGCACUCGAACAGCGCCAACGAGCUGCUGUUGCGCCGAAAGCUGGAGGAACAGCAGCAGGCCGCCGAACUGCAGCAGGCCAUUGAGCUCCAGAACCGCCGCCUCAUGGGUCUUCAGCUGCUCGACCUUAAGGCUCGCGCAGCUGCUACACAGCCACUGCCUACACCAAUUUCCAAUGCCUUCGCGUCCAGCCAACCUGUGAGCACCACCGCAGUCGAGUCGCCACCAGAGUCCGGGGAGCAGCUCAAGCUGAGUAGUGGAUUUGCUAUGGAGGGGAAGGUCAACGCUGGUGAUAAGGAGGAAUCUGCUUGCGAGGCGAGCCCAGACGCCGCUGAUAGCGACCAAAGUGGAGAGCACAAUUUGCCGGACAGCCCAUUUGCGUCCCCUACCAAGUCUGCUGCGCUUGUGCAUGACAGUUUCACCGCCACGGAAACUGAGAACACCUCAUCCCGUGUUGGUGUGGAUGUCGGUGUUGGGAGCAAGAUCGACGGUGGUAGUAACCAUCUCCGCCCCCCUGCUUUGGAAAUUCCUUCGCCCAGCUCCUACUUCUUCCCCAUGCACAGGCUGUCCUCCGAUCACGGUGCCAUGGGGAUGUAA